CAUCCCUCGGCAAUUUUGUUCGCUAUUUUUACAAAUGGGGUUUCAUUUAAUUACCAUCUAAUCUUUUGUUGUAAUUUGUUGCAGAUUAAUCUUUCAACAAAAGAAUUAUAUUUUUUUAAUUAUAUACUGAAUAUACUUUCUUUAAAUUCACAGUUGGACGCCUUUACAUGACGAUAAAUCGUUGCAUCGAGUUUGCGAUCUAGAAACCCCUAACAUCGUACAUUGUCGACCUGUAGAAACCAAUUGUGGACGACGAUUUUGUUUAUAUUCUCAUAUUUUAUCAAUUGUGCAUUCGUCCCGUUUAUUUAUUAUUUUGUUUUUAUUGGCUUCAUUAUCAACAUUAUCUCCAUACUUAUUUAGUUUUUUUACGGCAGAGGUUUACUAAGGAGGCUUUGUAGUCACAUUUGAGUAGCGUGCAUGCCCACACAGGACUAACCGAAUUCAACAAAGUGCUGCAAUGGAAACUAGUUAUAUUUGAUGAAGGUUUCCAAGCGAGAGGCUAUAUGAAAUAGAUUAAUGAGCCCAUUAAGGUUCUGUUUAUAAGCAUUCCAUUGACAAAUUUUGUAAAGCAUUUAACAAUAUGGAACAAACGGGAAUUAUUCCUAAUGCAUUUAAAGUAAUAACCAAUAAAGUUACAAACAAAAGGCCUAGAGUGUCACCAAAGGAUGGACAUAAAUCACCAGCAGAAGCUUGUGAAAAUAAACCCGAAUAUAUAAGGUACCUGGAAGCUGUGGAAAAUGAAAUGUACGACUAUGAAGAUAUACCAAGUUUCUCCGAUAAUGAAGAUAUCAUAAUCGAAGACGAAAUUGAUGUACUUGAAGAUAAUUUAUAUAGUGGAUCAACAAACUAUAGCAAUUACACGUCAAGGUCCAUACAGACAAGUAAUAUUCCAACCACAAAACCCAUUGUCCAACAUCAAUCAAAAUUAACCCAAACAAAAUUCACCUGCAACGAUAGCAUUUGUGGUAUUAUUGCUGCGCAAGAUUUUACCAUUCAUUGUUUUUAUUGUUAUCAAGAGUUUCCCUUAAAAAAAUGUAGUUAUUUCAUCAGGCACAUACAAAGCAUGCAUCCACAGAACGUCAAAAAGAAUUGUGAUAAAAAUGAUAACCAUAAGAAUUCCAAUCAAUUGCCCAUUGGUGAUAAACGUUUGCAUUCUGAGGUGGAAUCGGUCGAAACUGCGACUUCGGAAUCUUCGUCGAAAAUAAGAAAAGUCAAUGCGGAUCAAGUGGACAUAAAAAAUCCAAGCCAACAUAACAGUUUUUCUUCCUUGGAUUCGAAAAAACACCAGGAAUCGGCAAUAUUAAUUGGAAAUGGUUGGUCUUCGAAAUAUGAAGGUGACGAUAGUGAAAUGGUGGAUGAUCCUGAUGGUUUGCACCAUAUAGAAAAGAAUAUCUUGAGUGAUAAUAAGAAAAGCGAGUGUAAAGUACCUGAUUUACCCACUUUGAUUGCCAAUGAGUGGUCUUCCCAAGAUGAAGAUGAUAAUGCUGACGAGUUUCAGGAUCUUCAAAACAUUGAAGAUGCCUCCCAGGAUGACAUGGAAUAUAUUGAAUUCUUAGAGUCCCCUCCCUUGAUUCUUGAUGAAAAUGACAUUCAAGCCGAACCAAUGGAGACCAUUGUAGCCACAACUAUUGAACCAGUUUUGCCCUUCGAUGACUUAGUUAAGCCAAAAGUGACGCCUCAGAAUCCACCACAAGUUGCACCCUUUCCAUCACGCUAUAUAGACUCUGAGGAUGAUAUGCCAUCGAAUGAUGAAAAUGAAGAUGAACAGCCAAGCUCAACAAAUAACUGCGGUAUACUAUUCGGUUUAACAAAUCGUAAAAUUGUUUUUGAAUUUCUUCGACAAUUGGAAAAGUACCCUGAAUUAUAUAAUUUUCAAGAAACUAAAAACCGAACAACAUUGGAAAAAAUACGCUCCAGUAUUAUGGAGUUGCGCACACACAUAAAUUCAAUGUUUAACAUACACAUGACAGAUGUAGAAGUUCGUCUUAGCAUACAGCGUAUUUAUAUAUGGUUUAAUCGAACCAUGCGAGCCAAUGAAAAGGCCAAGGAUUUGGGUACAAAAUUUACCCUCACAUUUCCAGAAUAUUAUGAAAUACUUGAGAGGUUUCUCAAGGAAAAUAUUCGUAAAUGUAACAAAAACAUAAUUUGGAUAAAUAAUACGGGUCGAAAGGACUACAAUGAUAUAUGGCGCUAUCCAAGAUGGAUGCUUUACAAGGAAAGUCAAAAAAAGAAAAAACCUUAUUUUGUUAAUAGCGCAGCGCCCGAUAUGGACUUGAUAUUUGGCGAUGAAGAUACCCAAACAGAGUCGGAUGAUAACAAUUCUCAUGAUGAUCCCCAGACACCACCCGAACCCAUUAUAUGUGAUAUUUGUUAUGAAGAUUUUCAGCGGCGCAUCGAUUUGCGGCGUCAUCGUAUAAAACAUUUUCCACCCCAGCAUGCGUGUUCGGUAUGCUGUCGAAUGCAUUUCACCCGGCAAAUGGCCAAAGACUGUCAACAUCAAAACAUUUCCAAAAAACGAGUUUGGAAACGUCCAAGUCAUUGCUAUGUAUGUGAAACGUGUGGAGCCACCUACAAAACGGUUAGCAAUCUCAAUUUUCAUAUCAGGGAAAAACACAAAAAGCAACGACUUCGUUGUAUUGUUUGUAAAUUUUCUUGCUCAAAUUCAAGAAGUUUGCGUCAACACCAGACCAAAAUUCAUGUUGUGGAAUUUGGUACUUGUGAUGAAAUAGUCAGACGAUCAAAACCACAACAUGUGGCAAAAAUGCAAUAUAACCCAGAGGAGCGCCAGGAGUAUUUAUGGUUUAAAGUAAUGAGAAAAACCAAAACAACUGGCAAUUUCUAUGGCUGUUUCCGAUGCAAGCUUGUUUUUGAUACUCCCCAAGAAAAACGACUACACAAUCAGCAAGAACACCCCAUAACCGAGAAGACGUUACUAUGCUUUUUGUGUCAUCACGACUUUGCCCUGUUUUGCAGUGUGGUUAGUAUACGGCGUCAUUACGUUAGUCGGCACAAUGUGCCGUGGGAAAAAGUAGAUCGUUAUGUGAAAAGCACGAAAACCCUCAUAGAAUUACUAACACCAGAGGAAUACAAUCUGGUGCAGUCUUCCGACAACAAAAUGUUGGUACUAUCCCAGAUUUUAUCCAAUAAAAGCCAAGUGAAAAGAGAAAUAGCUCCCAUGUCUACAAAUUUAGGCACUGAAAGUGUUGUUUUAUCCGAUGAUGAGGACGAUGAUGGAAUAUUGUAUUAUCCCAUCGUACCCUGUGACGAUGAUGAUGAGUCCAACGAUGAUGAUUUAAAUCAAUCAACCUUGUACAGAGAUUUUGAAAUUGAUCUAGAUGAAAAUGCAGAACUCUGUGAAACGGGUAAUAAUCAGUAUUUAAAUGUUAAUUUAGGGCAACCAAUAGAUGAUGAGCAGGUUUAUGAAAUUGAUGGAGAUCUCAUAGAAACACAGCAAGAAAAUAUAGAAAAUAUUGUUGAACAGAAUAUCAAUAAUAAUAUUGUGGAAGAUAUUUUAAAAGAUUGUUACUGAAAGACUGAUGCAUGUAUGUAAAUGAAAUGCAUUUAAAUAUUGAGUGUAAUAAAUGUAAUGAAAAAUAAUUGGUUAGAGUACGGUAAUUGUUUUUUUAGGAUGUUAAUUAAGUUCUUGCAUUUCUGUGUAAUAUAUUAAAUAGCUUAAAGUAUCAUGUUUU